AGCCUUCUUAGAACCAUAACAAAAUAAAACGUACCUGAGAUGAAAUCUCAUUGAUGAUCAGAAGUAUCGUAUUAAAAACCUGAUUUGUUUUUUGUCUCAGAUUCUCUCAGUUUCUGAUUUCCACUUCAUUCUUGCAGAAAUAUCUGAAUCUUUUGUUAUUGUUGUGUGUUGAAUUCCGAUCGAUUUAAGGCGCUAAGAUUGCAAAGGAAGCAUCGAUUUCCGGCGGUGGAUUAUCUGCAUUUGUUCUUCUCGGAAUAUUAAGUUAAUUUGUUGAGGGAAAUUAGAACGACGUACCCGAGGAAGAAGAUGAAGUUCUGCAAAAAGUAUGAAGAGUAUUUGCGAGGUCAGGAGAAGAAACUGAAACUACCUGGAUUUCACUUCAAACGGCUCAAGAAGAUUCUGAAGAAUUGUAGCAGAGAUUUUCAGUCUCAACACCGCCAUGGAGAUGGCGUUUGCUCCGCUGUCGUCGCCGUUCAGAGCUGUCCAGAUCACUGUUCAGUGUGCGAUGGGACUUUCUUCCCUUUCCUUCUCAAGGAAAUGUCUGCAAUAGUAGGAGGUUUUAAUCAGCGAGCACAGAAAUUGCUUGAGCUGCACCUUGCUUCUGGCUUUAGAAAGUAUCUCUUAUGGUUCAAAGGCAAACUGGAAAGCGAUCAUACUGUCUUAGUUCAAGAAGGGAAAGAACUGGUUAAUUAUGCAUUGAUGAACGCUAUUGCAGUUAGGAAGAUCUUGAAGAAAUAUGAUAAGAUUCAUUACUCCAAGCAAGGGCAAACCUUCAAGUCACAAGCUCAGAGUAAGCACAUUGAGAUCCUUCAGUCACCAUGGUUGUCAGAGCUUAUAGCAUUCCACAUUAAUCUGAAGGAGACGAAGCAUAAAUCUAAGCGGAUCUCUUCGGCAUUCGAGGAAUGUUCCCUUGCAAUUACUGAUGGAAAGCCAUCACUUACUUGCGAGAUCUUUGAUUCAGUCAAACUUGACAUCGACUUGACAUGUUCCAUAUGUUUGGAGAUAGUAUUUGAUCCCGUUUCUCUCACUUGCGGCCAUAUAUUUUGCUACAUGUGUGCUUGCUCGGCAGCUUCAGUAACCAUAGUUGAUGGGCUAAAGUCUGCAAAUCCAAAGGCGAAGUGCCCACUCUGCCGUGAGGCAAGAGUUUAUGAAGGUGCUGUACAUUUGGAAGAGCUCAGUAUUCUAUUAAGUCGAAGCUGCCCUGAGUACUGGGAAAAACGUCUCCAAAGAGAAAGAGCUGAGAGGGUUCAGCAAGCAAAGGAGCACUGGGAAACCAUGUAUCGAGCUUUCAUGGGAAUGUAGAUAUUAUUAUCCCUUACUAUGGGUAAAUAUUCCAAUUUUUACUGUUGCUGCUAAAUUGGUGGUUUUUAUUUUUUGCUCCAACACUGUUAAUAUUGUUCUUUCAAGUCACUUUUCAAGGUCCCUGGAGCCUGAAUCCUUUUGCAGAAUUUAAGUUUGAUUAAAAACUGUUCUUUUUAGUUCGACUUUCCAAUCUUUUGGUCGAUAAA